ACCCCGUGGGUCUAAGCGUCUUGGCUGUGAGGAACGAAGCUAGGGAAUAAUCUGCUGGAAGCACGAGGCGUCGCUUCCCUAACCCUAGGAGCUCAGACUCCUGUGUUCUUCCAGUAGACCUGGGAGCGAAGAGAAAUAAGACAUUGCUGUGGAGGCGAAGUCUCCGUAUUAAGCUUUAGCGUCACCUCCCUCACUGGACAGCAUGGGGGAGAAGUCAGAGAACUGUAGGGUUCCAGAGGAUCUGUUGAAUGGUUUGAAGGUUACAGAUACUCAGGAAGCCGAGUGUGCUGGUUUUCCAGUUCCUGAUCCCAAAAGUCAGCAUUCCCAGAGUAAGCUGCUCAGGGAUGAUGAGGCCCAUCUCCAGGAGGACCAGGGAGAAGAGGAGUGUUUUCAUGAUUGCAGUGCCUCAUUUGAGGAGGAGCCAGGAGCGGACAAGAUAGAGAACAAAUCUAAUGAAGAUGUGAAUUCCUCUGAACUAGAUGAAGAAUACCUAAUAGAACUGGAAAAAAACAUGUCGGAUGAAGAGAAACAGAAAAGAAGAGAAGAGAGCACUAGACUAAAGGAGGAGGGAAAUGAACAGUUUAAGAAAGGAGAUUAUAUAGAAGCUGAGAGUUCUUAUAGUCGAGCCCUUGAAAUGUGCCCAUGCUGCUUCCAAAAGGAGAGGUCGAUUCUAUUUUCAAAUAGAGCUGCAGCAAGGAUGAAGCAGGACAAGAAAGAAAUGGCCAUCAAUGACUGCAGCAAAGCAAUUCAGUUAAACCCCAGCUAUAUCAGGGCAAUAUUGAGGAGAGCGGAGUUGUAUGAGAAGACGGACAAGCUAGAUGAAGCCCUGGAAGACUAUAAAUCUAUAUUAGAAAAAGAUCCAUCAGUACAUCAAGCAAGAGAGGCUUGUAUGAGAUUACCUAAGCAAAUUGAAGAACGUAAUGAAAGACUAAAAGAAGAGAUGUUAGGUAAAUUAAAAGAUCUUGGGAACUUGGUUCUCCGACCUUUUGGGCUCUCCACAGAAAAUUUCCAGAUCAAACAGGAUUCCUCUACCGGCUCGUACUCCAUCAAUUUCGUUCAAAAUCCAAAUAAUAACAGAUAACAAAGAUAACAAUAGCUUUACAAGCUGACUUGGAAUUGUGUGCUGCUUGCUGUUAGCAAGGGGAAAGGCCCUGCCAAUGUUUAACUUUUAAAAGCAUCUUAUCUAAAAGAAAGGCUAUCCAGUAGAGCCUAGUGCUCCCUUUUCCCUCUUUUAUGAUCAGGGUGAAAUGUACUUCCUGAUGUAAUGAACCCAAUUUGAUUUCCAUUUUAAGGUGGUAUCUGUGCAGCUGGUGUCCCGGUUCUGGCUGUCCUAUGUCCAGGAAGAAGCCCAUUUGUCGAGGCUGACCUUCCUGAUCCACACAGACACAUAGCCCAGCAAAAGCCUCUCCUGAACCAAACAGACCUGUUGGUUGGGAGAUUGCCCAGACAUGACUGAUGACGGGUUCCCGCCUGCCUGUCCCCUCCCUGAUCACACAGCUAACGAGGCUGCCUCCAGCAUUUCCUGGUUUCCUCUGUGGUAAUAAAAGCUUUCUGUGCUUA